CUUUCACCGAAUCAGAGAAGGAAUUUAUUGUGCAUGGGUACGGUUCGAGUUUUCCGCGUUUUCAGCAGCUCUAAUAGCUGUUCUGUGAGCCCGAGUUGCUAGGUUUUAGCCGCGACCCCCCGACGCUUCACCACUGAGCGACAGCCACCAAACUCCGUUUUCUUGAGGGAGGGGCGGCGCGCGCCGUCAAUCUUCGUAACGGGCGUCUCUUGAGUCUUGCUGUCACACCUCAACUUUUUUUUCAUACACCUGUGGUGGGUUUGUCUAUUCUAGAAGCGUCAUAUCCACGCAGGUUCCCCCGACUAGCAGUGUGGAAGGAAGCACCACCGCGGCGUCUGUACCGUGCCCUAAGUGGCAGAAAGCGGUUUUUGACGUCGAGUGCCGAUUUUUCCUCAGUUUCCGCGAGGUCUGUGUCCAGAGGGGUCUGUUUUGCUGCUUACGCCUUUCCGUCAUUCGCGUGCAUAACCCGUACCAAUUUGCUUUCCGGCGACCUCGCCGUCGCAGCGCUUUAUCGGACGGCAGUGUGCUCCGCCUCACGGCACCGGGAUUUACUGGGCAUCGUUGGGUACGUGUACCCAAGUGACGUCCCUCGUUUUUGUCUCUACCUCGAAAGGGCAUCUGCAAAUUGCAAACGCGUUAGUGAGCGGCACACGCUGAACGAAGUGUAAACACGUAUAGGUAGCUCAAAGGGAACCGUCUCACGAUCCUCUGUCGACAGUGUCUGCCGCUGUGAAAUUGGAGCAAAGGAGUCCGGUUCAGGCACCGAUGUAUUUUAUUUUUGAGACAGUAACACGGAGCGUUGAGGUUCCAGAGCCCGUGUUCGCGAAAGCCGCCCCCCUCUCCAGGACCAAGCGUGGAGGAACACAGGUGCCGAAGCUAAGAAGAUGUUUGUUGUGAGCGGGGUCGCAACAGUCCCGAGCUGCCAUUCCUCGGUUUGUAGUAAUGACCAUAGACUUUGUUUUUCGAGUAGACUGAAGUUCGUUGCAGCUGCAGACGACGUCGCGGGAUAUCAUGCCCUGAUAACCGUAGGAUCUCAGUGGUCCCGGAAGUCAUCGGCUUCGAGGUCGGUGCCACGACAGAGUGGGUUCAUCGUGCACAGCAGCAGAACGCACCUGCAUCGCAAACUAUGCACCUGACGUGAGAAUCUUUGAGAGCGUGCGUCCCUCAACCGACACGUGCAUUUUUAACGGGAGGCUGCCCGAAGUGUCUCCCUGACUGCUCUAGCGUUUCCGUGGGCAAAGACAGGGGACCUCCGCUUUCUUUGUUAUGUCUGCGUGUAGUAGUUCCUCGUAAACCGUACCACGUCGAGGCAUUGCAGAUUUCGUGCGAACGGUAUUGCAUUUCUCAGCAAGUUUCUCCGUUUCCACAUGCUAGCGGUGAACUGCGAUGCCGCCUUCAUCAGUAGCGGGGCGUAGUCGCCUCAUGAGCGGUAAAGGAAUGGAGACAUUGGCAAAUCAGUCAGGGAAUAUUGUUGGACAAACACCUUCGUUCACGCCCAACUUGGUCAAAGACGGAGUUCAUUCUAAUGGAAGGGACGGGGGCAAAGGCACGCGGGGUCCACUCCAUUCGGGGACGAACCGUGGCUCCGUCGACUCUGACGCAGCUCGAUUCCAGUGUGCACAAACACCCCGGAAGCUUCAGUUUUUCAAGACCAAAAUAUGCCCAUGGUAUCACAAAGGCGGCUGUGACAGGGGACUCGCCUGUCAAUUUGCUCACGGUUUGUCGGAGCUGCGCGAGUGCCCAGAUCUCAGGAAAACGUCACUUUGCCCCAAUGUCAAGCGAGGAGGAUCAUGCACGAUACCCGGCUGUCACUACGCUCAUCGGGUUCACGAGUUGCGAGCAACGGGCCAACUGUACAAAACCGCGCUGUGCGUGAGAUGGCAGAUGGGCCGAUGCAAUGCUGGAAGUCUCUGCAGACAUGCGCACGGAAAAAACGAAAUGAGAAAUGGUCGAGGCGUGCCACCUCUGAGUGGACCAGGUGAUGACAGUUUGCCUCCACUCCUCGUUGGUUCACGUUCUCCGUCUUUACCGGCAGGGCGGCGACUGCGAUCUCGAACGAGCGCACCAGUAACGUUUUUUCAGGCGACGCGACGGAGGCAGUCCCAGCCUUUUCCUUUUGACCAACUGGAGACACUCGGCGAACCAGGCGUGUAUGUCCCUUGCGAGCGGCGUCUUACGGCACAGAUCGGGGGUGGACACGAAGCGCACUCGACGUCGUUGCUCCUCUCAAAACUGAUCGCAUCAAAAGCUCAGUCAGUCUGUCCCGUUUUGGACGCACAGCGCGGAGAAGGCCAUUUCAACGAGGUCAACCCUCACAAGGAACUGCAGAUUCAGUUGCGACGAGCGACCAGGGGAGGUGUAACACCUGCAAAGAUGACAGCGAAAGACUCCGACGUUUUAUGUGGCCAGUCUGCAGCCGUUUUCCAGUUGAAUUCGCUGCGAAGGCCGGGGAGAAAUGAGGGUAUGGCCUCCACUUCGAAUGGCCAAGAAGGCCCGUUUGGCGACAUCUUGCGUGAAGCAAAGAGCCUUCCGCUUGAACAAUCUUGUGGCAGCGCUGCUGCUUUAGCCCUCGAAAACCUGACUGUUCCACGUGUAAAUGGGGGAUUCGAGCGUCUUCCUCUGCUUGGCGCGGCGUCUGAAGACACACUCAACCGCCCGCAAAUUAUCGACCAGGCGAUUGUUGCACGGGAUAGAAAGCUCGGAGAGAUAUUCUCGCCGUUGUCUGUGGAUCUAGAUCCCGCGGAACUGCAGACCAGCUGGAACGUACCUCUGCUGCAUGAUGAUUUUGUCGCAUCGCUGCAUGCGUUGUCUUCGCGUGACGCCAGCGGACAUGAGUGCCCGCGCUCGGCUGGAAUUUGUCGGCGUGACAGUGUCUCAGUUGGCACCGGUGGAAACAGAGAGGGGUCGAGGCUGCCGCCAUCAACCAUGGUGUCGCUGCAUGCGCGCGAGCUGGGUUCUGGCAGAGCUUCUGUGCGACCGUUGGAAGGCACGGUACCGCGUUCUUUCAGAAAGACCAGUGGUCCCACCCCGACUCUGCCCGGCUCGCGUGAAAUCGAUGGCGAAUACUCUUUCAUAGACAAACUGCAGUGUUGGGAAUCGCGGAAUCGGAUGGUAGCCCAGGACAAUCCGUUCGCUUGCCACACCGCUUCCCUGGAGACGGGCAGCGGCCGUCCAAGCUGCAAUACUCCACUGGCGUCUGGCCAACCUGGGACCAAAGACACUGGCAGCGUAACUGGCUCCUCUGAACACACCGCAGACGUUAGUACGUCUGGUUAUCCCCCGGAUUUGCUAGCGAUGCACCGAGGGUGCAGGCGCGCGUCGUCAGGGGCCUCAACAAUCGACACGACCCCGCGCAGCAUUGACGCAUUGAGUGGCCUGUUGUGUUCUCUCAGUCUCAGCCCGUACUCUCCGACGAUCAACAGUGGACCUGGAUGCCAGACCCUUGUGGGACGGAGGGAUACAUUCGACGCAUCUGGCGAGAGUGUUGUCUCAGGAGCGCUCAACAAGCUUCGCACAGCGUCCUCGGAGGAUAGUCACGAGCCGACACGGGAGCGUCCGGUUGAUAUGCUGGCGGUCCACGGAUCGAUUCAGGGCAGUCGUCCCAGCGUGGAAACAUGUUCGGAUAGCCACAGCAUCAGGCAACUCCACGACAUCGAUGCGGCCCUUGGGUACGGCCUCAUCACACCGAUCGCCUUGACUUUGUCUGGCGUGCGUGGAUCUCAAUUCCAUGUUUGGGGAGUGCAAGGCGGCAGACAGUCCGAACUCCGUGGGAAUGGACGGCGGGAGAAAACGGGCUUUGUGGAAAAUCCAGAUAGUCACAGUCUACAGAGCGUGAACGUCCCGAAUAUUUCUCCGGGGCUGGAGAGUGUCUGUGGCUGGAUAGACAAGGACAACAGCUGCGGUUUUGGGGUUGGGAAAAGCCAACAGGAAAACUUGGAAGAAACUGGGAGAGACAGCGACUUCGAGAAAGGCUGCAGCGACCGUAAAGCUCUUGACAUCUCAGACGUAUCGUGGGAAGGUGACCCAGAUGUCCAAUAUCUUCGCCACGAAGCGUUGCCAGAAAGUGCUUCAUUGUGCAAGGAAGGACAAGCUUUGAGCAUCGGUGUGACCCGUGCGUCAGUUGUACAAUGUGUCACUGGCGCGCCAAAGAGCAGUGUAGGUUCUGAGCGACAGGCUGUUGGAGAACUUAACGCUCAGGAGGAAUCGACUGUCUGUUGGAAGGUGGACGAGAAGAACCGCAUGCGUGAAGAAAACGUUUGCGGAGGGGUACCGGCGGUGAGGAGCGGGUGCAUUUAUACCCCCUAUGAUAUGGGAUCAUGUCCAUCGGGCAGGCAGAGGCGAGCAAAAGAUGAGAUUGUCAGCGGGGCAAAUUUGGGAUUUCUCGCGCAAGAACGAGUUGUAGACGAACAUCACGAUACUUCGGAGCUUCUAUCGGAGAUAGAGGCCUUCCGGCGAACAUGCUGCGAUAGCGGUGCCAGUGUUAGCACUUGCUGCAGUCGCAGAGAGCCUGCAGACACCCCGGUUGGGAACGCUGUUAAAGGAGAGCAAAGUGACAACAGCGGAUGUCGAGUACCAGCUGACAGUGGCCACUGCUCUGUGUUGUUCAGUGGUCCGGAUCUGUUCCGGGCAUCUUGGGAUUUACCGUGAGGAGUCAACGGAUGAACGGACAGCUGCCGAGACGUUUAGAUUGGCGACUGCACGCCUCAUAGUUAUUGAGGAGAACGCAUGAUUAAGUCACAGAGUCUGUGCUUGUAACACAGAGUAUGAUUGACAGUGGUGCCCCAGUUUUUACGUAUAUGGUAGAAGAUUGGCUUCUGUAGUUUUACAGAUGCAGUACGUCUUGUAGGGGCACUGGGAUUUCAUGUUUCCGCUGGUGAUACGGGGAUAAUUCUGUGAGGUGGCGUUAACGAAACGGUGGCCGAAAAAGUUUUCUUAACGGGCGUGUACCAUUCUUCUUGUGAGUGGUGAGGAGGGUGUAUUGUUUAGCCUUAGACUCGUUUAUCGAUUGGAUACAUUAGAGUUGAUUUUGGGACCAAAAUUUGACAGCGAUUGUGCUAGCUCAUAGAUACUAACCUAGUUUUUAAAAAUUGGGCCCACCAAGUGGUCGUGUAGAGUGAUCGGUGCAUCAGGCAACCAUCCGUAGCGCCGGGCUGCCGGACUUGGAAUUUUCACUUUUUUUCAAAGAGGCCUGGGGGGCAGUUGGCUUCUGCAGUUUCCAUCGGUGUAGAAAACUGUAAUAUGUAGGUUAGUUGGCGAAAAUGUUUUUUCCGUGUGUGCGAUAUCAUGGUCUAACGAGAGGCGUGUGUGAAAGCCAGAACUGGGAUUCCACUUUGAGGAGGAUACGAGCAAGGUUCUGUUGUUUUGAUACCUUCCACUGUGAGGUAGAUACGAGCAAGGCUCUGUUGUUUUGAUACUAGAAUGGAAUUGUCGGUAGGGCUUGGUUCAGUUUGUGGUGCUUAGGGUCUAGGAUGAGUUUGUGAGGAGUUGAGCCGUGGAUCAGUUUUUUUAUGUCGCGCUUUUCCGUAGAUGGCCAAACCCGUAUGUCCAGGCGUUUUUGAGCAGGACAAGGAGGUAUGAUAUUGUUAUGGGAUUUAUCGGGGCACUUUGUUCUGAGGACAAACCUGAUUUUUUUCAGGGCUCUCCAGAUAUCACUUGCAUGCGUCAUAUGCAUGUGCAAGCUCAUCGAUGAUUUGGGGAACUUCAUGCUCUAUGUAGCAGUUCGCGCUGCUGCCGCCAGCUUUUCAGACGCUUUAUCGUUUCGUGGGAAAAGUCGUCUUUUUUUGUCUCGUGCAUCGUGGGUUUAGUGGUGCUUGAACAAAUAAUUUGCUUUCGUCUAGCUCGCGAACAGGUUGCUCUCUGAGGAUGUGUAAACACUGAUGAUAUUCGGUUGUCGUUGUUCCGUGCGUAUUGCUCCAACGGUGCGCAAUGGAAGCACGGUGCUGUAGUCAAGAGAUUAGAGAAUACGAUUGUAUGUUGUUUGAGUCGAUGAAUAACGAAGCCGAUAUUUGUCGGCAUGCUGCGUGUGGGCACGUCCUGCUGUUAUUCUUGGCAGCGAGACAGAGGCGCUGGACUCCUACGUUCAGGACAUGUCUUUAUAUUUCGAGCAGGUUGUAAUAAAUCGGAAAGCGUGAGUACACCAGUUGCUAGUGGGCGAAUAAGUCGCCGCGUUGGAGUUCCUUGCUGCUGUGCGCUGUUAACUUGCCCCGUUCCUUGGGUAAUGGAAAAUGUAACAUUUUGCGAAUUUAAUGCUCCCGGGAUGUUGCCGUGAAACUAUGCAACUAGCAUGUCUCCAACAUGAGCUUCAACUGGCCUUCGCUGUUUUGCGGUGACGAAUGGAAGUUGCUGACAGUUGCCGCUCGAACCUGGAAACGAGGAGUGUAAUCUCAGGUAGUUUUUCAGCCGAUGAUGGAUUCGAACGAUUCUCCGUGUUGUUCCGAAUACUUGGAUGUUGCUAGGGUAUAUUUUGUCACGGCCUUUAGCGUAUGUCCCAUCGGGGCUAACGACUCGACGCCGAACGAUUGUAGUGUGCCUUGUGACAUCAGGUUACUUGCGCACAUGUGUGUUGGUAGUGUGCGUUUGUCAGCAUCAUAGUUCUUUAGCUGUAGCGAUCUGCUUUUUGCGACUGUUUUAGAUGCCGAUCUCUCGAUCACAAGAUAGAGAUGGCCAGAGGAGUAUGGGAAGUUUUGCCAUUGAUAUCCGUAGUGUCGUUCAAGGAGUGGAGAAACCUCUGUAUGUAUCUGUCGCGAAGAGAUACCAGUAUCCAAGCUUUCACAUCAUCAUGAUCAACCUCAUAUCGAGAAGUGAUGUUCAUCUGUUAGCAACAGAACACGGUGUUAGGCGUACAAAAAGGGAGCACAGAUAGAGUUUGUGACGCAUUUUAGAGACGUCCGACGUUAAAAGCUGGCGACAUCGAAUUGAGAAUUACUCGUUCUUAGUGUAAUUACAUAGAAAACGAAUGUCUGCAGGCGCCGUCCUUGCGUAGUAUUUGAUACGUUUCCAGAGGGGCUCUCUCUGGAUUGAAAUACUUCGCGCAAACUCUCUUAUCAACAGGAGAAGGACUUACCAGACUGGUUGUCUCUCUGUGCGACACAAUUCUUCCUCGGCAGGAAGAUUUUGUGGGAUGCGCAUGUGAGGGGCGCUGUUUUAAUAGGGGCAGUAGAUGUCGAACUGACUGCAAGCGAUUGCCGACGCCAAGCUGUCGUCGUCCACCGUAUCCACUGCUCAGUGGCUGAAGGGGGCGGCGGCUGGAUAACAGGGGCGGCGGUGUUUGGCGUUUUUUUCCCCACUUAAUGUUGCAUUGCCCUCCGAUGUUAGACGGACUUGUAAUGCUUUCGACAGUCGAUUGAGUUUGUUUGUGUGAUGGCCCCGCUUCUCGUUUGGGUGUCGUCGUUUGAACCCGCUUGACUCUGCUCCGCCGAGAAGGGCUUGCGAGCUGCUGGGUUCGUUUAUUAUCGGGAAGCUGAGAGACAAUAGCGGGUAUGUCUGCGAAGAGUGAUGUAUUCGGUGGUGUAGAAUGAAUCACUGCCUCAUGGGUCUCUUCAGCGUCCCCAGGCACGGCGUGUGGAUCCAAUGCAUGCCCAGUUCGAUGAUCCUGCGAAAGCCCAAUGGUAUCUGCUUCCGUAACGCCCGUUCCGAACAUAUCAGUCGUAUGUAUACAUGAGGAACCAUCGAAAUUAUUCCAUCCAUUGCUGUCACCCGUAAGAGGUUCAGCUUCGUCACUUUGUUUGUCUGCGUUUAUCCAGCAGCUGUUGAUGGGGAUGGGCUUGUCUGUGAGCCACUUGCGGGGGGUUCGGUCACGGACUGCGUGUGGACCGGUGUCGUUGCUCUGUUCAUGUGGCGAGUAGCAAUCAGUGCUGAUGGUGUCGCGGUAACCUAAACCAGGCUGAACGACGUAAACUGUGUGAGGGUCUCAACGUGUGGUGGUGACCUUCGCCUAUCUGCAGCGACAUCCAGUUAGUGGACAGCAGCUCACCCGACGCCACUGCUGACCUACAUGUUGCCGGUAACGGCUCCGGAGUAGGGUCGGCAGAAUCUUAAGCAUUCCUCAUGACGGUGUCGCUCGAAGAGCUACAGAGACUAACUUACGUUUCGAGGAAAUUUGGCUUCGGGUCCACCGAAGGAGGGCGACUGGUCCAUCAACUGAAUGAGCUUCGCGAUUGAUUUGUUGCCAGGGCUGACGAUGGUCUGUGACAGACGCUUUCUUCACCAUUGGUUGUGCCGCUGAGAAGCUACUCUUUACCGGAUCCUGCGGGAUAUGCGGAUGUCGCGAACUCGUCGAAUCAUCGGUGCUCUCGGUAGGAGACGUCUCCAGCAUAUCAACCAGACCCUCCCAUAAUGUCGUAUCCCAUUCACUGUUACUAUCUACCUGGUUGCCACAUGCAGUCAUACAUGAUAGUGCGAGUCGUGCCAGUGGCCUUACUGGACUUCCCCGUUCCCGAUGAUGAUGAGCGAGCUGUUUUACUGCUUCGUUCCCCAUUACUGAGUGUGUGCGCUGUCUCAUGAAUGGGCUUCCGAUUACACAAAAAUCAAACAACUAGAAUAAUUCCCUAUGCUGUUGAUAGCUAACUCUACCGAAAUCAGUGUAGGUACAGCUCAUUGUCCGGUCGCAUUACCGCACAUAACGCCCAGGCAGUGAAAGCGUCAAAGGGCAGAGCAAUUUG